AUGCUGCAGCUGCCCCCGGGCGCCCCCGCCGCCGCCCUCGCCGCGGAGCCGCGCGGAGCGGAGCCGGCGAGCUAACCCGAGCCAGCCGGCGGGCGUCCCGGAGGCGGCGGCGCAGGGAGGGGCCCGACGGCGCACGUGGCCCCGCCGGCCGCCAUGGCGGACAGCGGCACCGCGGGGGGCGCGGCGUUGGCGGCCCCGGCCCCCGGGCCGGGCAGUGGCGGCCCAGGACCACGCGUCUACUUUCAGAGCCCCCCCGGGGCCGCAGGAGAGGGCCCGGGCGGCGCUGACGAUGAGGGCCCAGUGAGGCGCCAAGGGAAGGUCACCGUCAAGUAUGACCGCAAGGAGCUACGGAAGCGCCUCAACCUAGAGGAGUGGAUCCUGGAGCAGCUCACGCGCCUCUACGACUGCCAGGAAGAGGAGAUCCCAGAACUGGAGAUUGACGUGGAUGAGCUCCUGGACAUGGAGAGUGAUGAUGCCCGGGCUGCCAGGGUCAAAGAGCUGCUGGUUGACUGUUACAAACCCACAGAGGCCUUCAUCUCUGGCCUGCUGGACAAGAUCCGGGGCAUGCAGAAGCUGAGCACACCCCAGAAGAAGUGAGGGUCCCGGACCCAGGUGAACGGUGGCUCCCACAGGACAAUCGCUGCCCCCCAACCUCGUAGCAACAGCAAUACCGGGGGACCCUGUGGCCAGGCCCGGUGCCAUGAGCAGGGCUCCUCGUGCCCCUGGCCCAGGGGUCUCUUCCCCUGCCCCCUCAGUUUUCCACUUUUGGGGUUUUUUAUUAUUAAACUGAUGGGACUUUUUGUGUUUUUAUAUUGACUCUGCAGCGCGGGCCCUUUAAUAAAGCUAGGAUACACCUUUGGUGCAGCUAA